AUUGGUGGGGCUCACGGAAGGGGUGGAGACCCUGGGAGCACGCCAGCGCUGAGGCUGGGGGCAAGAACUGUUGGGGCGCUUUUCACGUCCUGGGUUUCUGGUGCUCCGUGGAGAUGCCCAGCCGGGGUGCGCGACCCGAGGACGGUGCCGGGCUGGUCCCUGCCGACAUCUCGACCCCGCACAAGGAAGAUCUUAGCAGCAAGAUUAAAGAACAAAAAGUUGUCGUGGAUGAACUUUCUAACCUGAAGAAGAACAGGAAAGUAUAUAGGCAGCAACAGAACAGCAACAUAUUCUUUCUUGCAGACCGAACAGAAAUGCUUUCUGAAAGCAAAAGUAUACUGGAUGAGCUGAGAAAAGAAUACCAAGAAAUAGAAAACUCAGAAAAAACCAAAGUCAAGAAAUAGUCAACUUGAUUUCACAUCACAAUGUGUGGCAUUUGUUGUGCCGUAAGCUUUUCUGUUGAGCAUUUUGGU